CCGCAGGUGGACAUCGUGCAGAUGUGUGUGGUGGAGCUGAAGGACAGGCCGGGCUCGCCCCUCUUCCACCUAGAACACUACAUCGAGGGCAAGUACACCAAGUACAACUCCAACUCGGGCUUCGUCCGUGAUGACGCGCGCCUGACGCCUCAGGCCUUCAGCCACUUCACCUUUGAGCGUUCCGGCCACCAGCUGAUCGUGGUGGACAUCCAGGGUGUGGGCGACCUCUACACCGACCCACAGAUCCACACCGAGAAGGGCACUGACUUUGGAGAUGGCAACCUAGGUAGAUGGGCAAAG